AUGCCAAGGAGGAACAAGAGAGUCAAGAAAUGCAAAGAUGAUAGGCUCAGCAACUUACCAGAUGACAUCCUCCAUAAAAUCCUCUCUUUUACUGACACAAAAUUCGCAGUUCAAACCUGUCUGCUCUCUAAGAGGUAUAUAAACCUUUGGAAAACUCUUCCUGACCUCAAUUUCGAUAGCAUGAAUUUCAACAGAAUUUUCUGUUUCAAGAGAUUCAUCCUCGACGUCUUAACUCGUCGAGACCAGUCCGUUGAUAUCGGUAAAUUCUCUCUUACUCGUCGUGGCAGGAUCGAUAAGUCCUUCAUGACAAAAGUGAUUGACUACCUUAUUUCUCACAAUGUUAAAGGUCUCAGCUUUCAAGUGGACUGGGGAGAGUUUCGUCUCCCACAAAGACUGAUUGCCUGCGAGUCUAUUAACAGUUUGGUGAUGGAAACUUUCCGUCCUGGAAUCUUACCAGGAAACUGGUUUGGUUUUGUGGGGUUGCAAGAUUUGCAUUUGAGUAGAAUGCAAUUCCAUUAUGAAAGUCAGCAACCCUUUGAUCCUUUCUCUAGUUGCCCUAAUUUGAGGAGCCUGUACUUAGGUGAUUGUUACCUGUCAGGAUUUAGUGUUUUCAGAAUCACUGGACCUCAGCUUAUUAACUUCAACCUCUCAAAUUUUGUAAUAGCCAACCGAGGCAGGAUUGAGCUUCUUGCACCAGUGCUCACUUCCUUCAGUUUUACAAAUUCAAUACCUCAGAGUUUCGCCUUGGUUGAACUUCCUGCUGUAAGAAAUGUGAACGUUCAAGUCUUUUUACCCUAUCAAUUCUUCCGUUCAGCCCCAAGUAAGCAAAUUGCUGCAAAUGCAUUGACCAAUAUGUUCCAUGUGCUUCGUCAUGCACAGUUUGUCACAUUAUCUUAUGGUACAAUUGAGAUUCUAGUCAAGGCUCCUAGUAGACUACAACAUCAAACUUCUCCCUUCGUGGAACUGGAGAAAAUGAAGUUGAAAAUGCAACAUGGAGAGAACUCAAUAGCGAUUCCUCCCUAUGUCAUAGCCUACUUACUCAGCGCUUCUGGUUUUCGUACAACUUUAGAAGUCGAGGUGGAAAGACCCCAAGUAAGCAUUGCUGCAAAUGCAUUGACCAAUAUGUUCCAUGCUCUUCGUCAUGCAACGUUUGUCACAUUACUUAUGGUACAAUUGAGGCUCCUAGUAGACUACAACAUCAAACUCUCCCUUCGUGAACUGGAGAAAAUGAAGUUGAAAAUGCAACAUGGAGAACUCAAUACGAUUCCUCCCUAUGUCAUAGCCUACUUACUCAGCGCUUCUGGUUUUCGUACAACUUUAGAAGUCGAGGUGGAAAGGAGUAUCAGUUUACAUCGACAUAUUCGUAUGGCCCUUGACCAUACUUUAUGGUGCCUGAUUCGUUUAGAUUGGUUUGUUUUGGCUAAUGGUUUCUACAGUUUGACCAUGUGGAAUUACGUAGCUUGGUGGCGAACCCUUAACAGAGAGACGAUAGUGACAGAUCUUACAGACGAAUAUGGCUAG